AUGGACGAGUCUUAAUUCAAUUCAUUAUAGAAAACUAUAAUAAUACCUCCAAGAAAACUACAUUAAAUCAUAUUAAGAGAAUAUUAAAAUGAAAAUCCCAAUUUUUCAUAAUUUAUUAAUGAAACAUAAUUGAAUCCCUGCUUUAUCAAUUGUGAAUUAAUACCAAUAUUCAUUAUUUAUGAAUCUGAUUCAGAUCUUUCACAUUCAUUCUAAUUUAAAAAGGAUUAACAACUCUUACGAUCUUAUCCAUCCUAUUAUUAAACUAAUCUAUAUGUCAAUAAUAACUAUACAGAAACUAAGAAAUAAAUUUUAUAAGAUAAUAAAAUUAUUUAUUGUAAGAUCCUUGAAAUCAAUGUUAAUGAAGAAUAUAUAGAUUAAGAUAUAGAAUUAAUUAUCAUUGGAACUUAUGAAUAGUAAUAUUGUUUUAAUGGAAUUAAAUAGAUUUUGAGAAAUGAAAUUCCUAAAGAAUAAUAUAAAUUAUUAUAAUAUCAACAUACAAUCAAAGUCUAAAUUAAUAAUGCAUUUGAUUUGGAAUAUAAAUAUUUUGGUAAUACAGUUAAAAUGAAUAUUGUUUUUUAAAUUAAAUCUCAUUGUUAAUUGGAUGAAAUUUAAAUGGAUUUCCUUUUAAGUGAAAGUCAAAUGAUAUGGAAGGAUGUUGGAAUUAAUAGAGUUGUACCUAAAUGUAUGUUGUAAAAUAUAUCUAUCAAUAAAUAAUAUCUUAAUAAUGAAGAAGGAUAUAUUGAAGUACUAUUAGAUUGGCCAGCUAUGUUAUAAAAUGAAUUAUUGUAACCAGAUCUUCCAUCUAGAAGAUUGAGUCUUAUAUAAGUAAAUCCAGUUUUAGAAAUUAAAACACCUUUGUAUAUAAGAUGGGGAUAAGAAAAGUAUACUAAAUGUAAUACUAUUAUAUGGAAAGUUAAACCAAUUUAAACUAUUGGAGGUGAAAUUAAAGAAGUUGUAAGAUAUAAAGAUUCUUAAAAUGAAGAAUAUUUGGCAUUAAAAAUAGUUUUAAUAAAUUAUUCAGGAAAAGAACAUGAAAUUACAUUCUGUCCACCUUCUUAAAUAUUUGGAAAGAAACUUAAUCAAAAAAAAGAUUAACCAUUAGUUGUCUUAGGUAUUACAUUGUCUACAGAGAAAAAUUUAGGAAUUUUAUAACCAAAUUAAUUAUGUGAAACUAUUUUAAGGGUUUAAUUAAUUAAUAAUGGAAUUUUAAAUAUGCAAAAUAUCAAUUUAAAGAUAGACAAUUAAUUAACUGAGUUGAGUUUGAAUUUUUUAUAUUCUCAUCAAUGA